AUGACAACAUCGGUAUCACCACCAUCACCAUCAUCAUCACUCUCUCCCCUUCCACUCCCAUCCGGCAUAACCUCCCGCUUCAUAACCACUCCCUCCCUAACAACCCACAUCCUCGAAGCUGGUCACCCACCAUAUAAUAACAACAACAACCAUGACCGACCCCUAAUAAUCCUUCUCCACGGGUUCCCGGAAAUUGCCUUCUCCUGGCGGAAAGUCAUCCCCCGUCUCGCCGCCGCCGGGUACCAUGUCGUGGCUCCCGACCAGCGGGGCUUCGGUCGUACGUGCGGUUGGGACACCCGCCCCUACGCCGAGGCGGACCUGCACACGUUCACCGUCUCCGCCCUCGUCCGCGAUGUCGUCCUCCUCGUGUAUGCACUGCGGUACACCUCCGUCCACUGCGUGGUCGGGCACGAUUGCGGCGCCGUGACCGCCGCCAUGUGCGCCGUGGCCCGGCCGGAUCUCUUCCGUAGCGUUGUGCUGCUCAGCCAUCCUUUCAAUGGCAUGCCGGCGCCAGCGAGUGCUGUUGCUACGUCUGUGGAUGCUGGUUCUGCUGUCCCCCAAACCUCGACAAGCGACGGUCCCGUAUCCAGCGCAGGAGACGACGUGCACUCUGCCCUACUGGAUCUGGGCCGCAAGCACUAUAAAUGGUACUACUCGACUCCGUCUGCCAGCGCCGAUAUGCUCCACCCUCCCGGAGCGGAAGGGCUUCAUGGCUUCCUGCGGGGGUAUUUCCACCUCAAGAGUGGUCGCUGGAAAGGAAAUGAGCCACGCACGUUGACCGGCUGGACCGCCAACGAGCUCGCCAAAAUGCCGUACUACUAUGUCAUGCCAGCGGACGCGACGAUGCCUGAGGCGGUAGAGCUACACAUGCGCAAGGAGUCUGAGGAAGGGUUGCGGGCCUCUCGGGAGUGGCUGCCCGAUGAGGAUCUCGCGGUGUACGUGAGGGAAUACCAGCGGACAGGGUUCCAGGGGGCUUUGAACUGGUACCGGGUGCAGACAUCCAAAGGGAGGCAGUACACCUGGGACGCAGAGGUGUUCAUGGGGCGAAAGAUCGACAUUCCCAGCACGUUUGUGUCAGGCAAGCUCGACUGGGGAAUCUACCAGCAGCCUGGCGCCUUGGAAAAGAUGGCAAAUGGAGAAGUGUGCAGUGACUUUCGCGAGAUGCGAUUGAUUGACGGCGUGGGACAUUGGGCGCCUCAGGAGAGUCCAGAGGAGGUAGUCCAGGCGAUUUUGAGCCUAGUCGGUAGUCUAUAA